AUGGAAUUUGCAUUGAGCUGGCCGUUUAUGUCUCGUUUGCCUACGCUAUUCAAGUUGCCGAAUUUAGAUGCUCCAGUCAACACUGUAUGGAUCAAUUGUGAUCAGCUUUUGCAUUUGCAUCUGAGGGAUACUCUGCUGGGUUUAAUUCUAUCAAUUUUCUCUUGCCAUUACUCUUCUAUUCCUGCGAGCGUUCGCAGCACCAUUACCCCAAUCAACAACUUGUACAAUGGUGGUCUUCAUGCAAAUGCCAACCACCCAGCAGCUCUAGCUUCUAGUGCAAUGAAUCCGGUGGCAGCUCUUAACCAAGUGGAUCCGCCACCAGAAUCCCCAAUUGGAAACUUACAUGAUCAUAACCCCAUCAAUGAGGGAGUUGGGACUUGGAGUAAUGAAUGUGUACUCGUAGCCAGGGAUGAAUUUAAAGGGUGGCCAGGAGUGAUCACGGUCCUCCAAAAGUUUGAAAAAGAGGGAUCAGAAACCUUUACUGCAGAGAAUGAGGUUGGAGGCAUGAAGGCAGAGAGGAGCUCAGUUGAUGACAAUGACGAGAAAGCUUGGUACCAAGAUGGGAAGACUUCGCUAUUCGAGUUGUUCAUAUUGCUUCCUUCCAAGUUGUUGCAAGGGUUUACAAUUACGUUAUUAUUCCCAUGA